AUGGGCGGAGCAGGCUCUCGAAACAAGACGGAGCCACGUGGCGAGGGCGUCAAACUCGCGUUCGAUCCCGACGAGAAAUGGUCGAAUUUGUACCGGGAGCGUGAGAAGAAUCACUUGUACAAGUGGGUCGGCGUCCGGAAAGGUGAGUGAGCGCUAGAAAUGCGCUCUCCAAAACGUGACCCACUUUGAUCUCUUUCCAGGCGGCGAACUAAUCAAUAUUUACGAGCGCGACGGCGAAGACGGCGUCAUAAAGUUUGCCGACGACAAACUCACCUCAAUUCUGUACGAUGAGGGCCGCCAGCCGAAGCUCAUCACGUACAGCGACUACACGAAAUGGAAGAAGAGUGUGGUAGGUCUCACGGUCUCCAGAGCUGACAAUGGGCGCCCAAUAGAGCGAUACAUUGGCGCGAAAUUCAAAUUUUAACAGCAAAAUUUGUGUUUUUUGCCAGAUUAGCCACGAAAAACCGAUAAUUUCUCGUUUGUCUCUCGAUAGACCGAUUGUAUAGGCUAUUACGAAUUUUUUAAGCGCAAAAGCGCCAAAUUUGGUAAAGUCGCAAAUCACAUUUGUCCGUUUGAAAGUUUUUGGCUAAAAUUGCGUGAAUUUCAGUUGCUUUUCGGUAGUUUUCGCGGUUCGAACGCUCAAAAUGCUUGUAUUUACGUGAUUUAUCAUUCUCAAAACCAAUUCUGUCAGAAAACGGUCAAGAAAACGCAAAAUGAGAAGUGCGGUUUUUGGCGGCGAAGGCGAAAAAGCAAAGCCAGCGAAAAAUGCGCCAAAACGUCAUUAAUUCUGUGAGAAUUAGUGUGUUUUCAUGUCGAACAAUCAUUUUUCAUCGCCUUUGACCGCAAAAAUCAGAGAAAACGUGCUCAAUUCAUGAAAACGCCAUUUGGCCGAAGCCGCCACGCCCAUAUUGUCAGCUCUGGAGACCGUGGGUCUCGCAAAAGUACAGCAACCAAUCAGCGCUCUCCGUCCGUUCAGAAUGUGCAAUUGGGAUUGAGCGAAGAGUCGAUAGACAUGCAACAGAGCCGCUUCAAAGAGCACUUUGCCCUGUGGAAGCUCAACAAACGGGGCGUCGAGGGCGAGAAUCUCAUCCAUCUGCUUCUGAACCGCGAGCAACAAGUGUGCUACGAGAUUGCGAGAAUCUUGCUCAAAAAGUUUCCGGGUAUGGCGAACGACAUCUAUUUGGGCGACGAGCAGUUCGGUAAGUAGCCCCCCAGCACGUGUGCACACAAGUACACAAACUCUCUCGGCGCACAGGCCAAUCGGCUCUCCAUUUGGCGAUCGUGCACGACGACUACGAGACGGUCAGUCUUCUGCUCAACAACAAGGCGGACGUGAACGCGCGCGCGUGCGGCAACUUUUUUCUGCCGGAGGACUACAAGUUGACGAACAAGAUCACCGACUAUCAGGGCUACGCCUACUACGGAGAGUAUCCGUUGGCGUUCGCCGCCUGCUUCGGCAACAAAGACAUCUACGAUCUGCUCAUUCAGUUCGGCGCCAGUCCCAACUUGCAAGACUCGUUCGGCAAUACCAUUCUACACAUGUGCGUCAUCAAUUACAGCAGUGUGAGUGCGUCUAGCAAGCGUUUGUUGCAACCAUACACGGUCUCCCAGGGGGCGCUAAUGCUAAACACAGUGCGCUCGUAAAUUUCGGAGUGUCGUUGUAACUUUUGAAAAUUUGCAGGUCUAAAAAUGCAGUUCAAUUCGAGUUUACGACCUUUAUUUCUUUCUUUUUGACUUGAAAAACAUCUAGAAAACAAUAUUUUACUGAUUGGAAAUCGUUCUUUACCGAAUUUAGAGUUUUUCAUGUUUUUAGCGUCUUUUUCGCAUUUCGUCAAAACUUCAAACCUUUGUAUUUCAGCUCAUUUUGCAUUUCAUGAGCCCAACGAACGAUAAAAAUGUUCGCUAAAUCUUUCUUCACAAAAUUCAGUUUCCGGCGGUUAGUUUUCUUGAGCAGUAUUCCAGAACUAUUCGAAAAACAUCAAAAUCCAGGCGAAAACCUUCAAAUCGAAAUAACUCGGCUAAUUCUCAACGAUAUGCGAGAUUUCUGUUACCAAAACGUAGCUAGUGCUCUAAUUAUUCGAAUCCAGGUUUCAGGCGUACAAAAAAUAGGUGUAUUGUACAGAAAACAUGGAAAGAACGCGGCCUCCCGUUGAAAAUUAAUUAAUCGGCCGCCGCGUAAAUCGACACAGCCCGCCUGUUGCAAGUGCGCCCCAUUGAAAUCAUUCGCGCCGUGGGAGACCGUGUGGUAUCAUACAAUUUCCAGUCGAUGUACUCUUACGCGGUCCGGCACUGGGCCAAACCGGCGGAUCCGCACGUCGUCAAUCACGCCGGCUUCACGCCGCUCACCCUCGCCACCAAACUCGGUCGCAAGCACAUUUUCGAGGAGAUGCUCGAGAUUAUGAAAGUGGAAUUCUGGCGCUUCUCGGACAUGACGUGCUCCGCCUAUCCGCUGAAUACUCUCGACACUAUCCAGCCGGACGGAUCCACGAGUGAGUUCGCUUUUAACAAAAAAACAAGGCAUGGCUCAUUUCAGACUACGAUUCUGCCCUGAUGACUGUCAUAAACGGGUCGACACCGGAACAUUUGGAUAUGAUUGGAAGCGAAGUCAUUCAGAGACUGCUCGCCGAUAAAUGGAAGGCUUUUGCGCAGGUUCUCAAUAAAUAAAAUAGAGUGCUCAGGCCACUUAUUGUUAGACUAUCGAUUCUUUGUCAGGGUACUGUUUAGAAACAAGAGCAUAACUCAAAAGUGACGCAUUUUCGGAUAAACUUGUAAACUACAAAGGUGCUUGGCACAAAAUUUGCAACAACUUUUCAGUUGACCACUUUUUGAAGCAACCUUUAAUUCUCGAAAUAUGAGUCUCCUAACUACUGUCAUUCAUGACAAUAUAUCUCAGUUAUCUAAAGAGAUAUCAUAAAGUUGUCAACUGAUAAAUUGUUGAUCAAGAAAUUUUGUACAUUUUUCUAGUUGAUAACUUUUUGAUACCUCCACCGACAGCUGAGAUACAUCGUCUUGAAUUCGGGUCUUAAAUUUUUAUCACAGUAUUUACGGUAGUUUCGGGCCCUAGCUAUGAUUUUCGAGAAAAGUACUGUUAUACUUUUAGAUGUAAUUUUUGAUGCUCUAUCUAAUGGAAUCACCUAUUUGUAGAGAAAACUGAUCGAACGUCUCGUGCUUCUCAUCUUCCAACUCAUCACUCUUUCCAUCGUCGUCUACAUUCGUCCCACCGAACUUCCGCGUCUUUACAUGGAAGAACCGCAGUGGGAUGACUGGGUAAUCCCAUUAAUUGUUUGUACUCUUCUUACGCCGCUAAAAUGCUCUAUUGUAGGUCCGUACCGUUUGCGAGAUUCUCACCAUCAUCAAUUGCAUCUUUUUCGUCGGAUACCAACAGUUUGGCGAGAUUCGAACGCAAGGAAUGAGGGGCUAUUUGAGAAACUUGGCAAGCAACUUGAUAAUAUCCUCCUCUUUUCACGUACGUACUUUUUUCAGAAAACCGCGCCCGCAAAGGCAGUGUUCUGCAUUGCCAACCUGUUCCUGCUCCUCUGCAUUCCGUUCCGUCUGCUCCGAAAACACGAGAUCGAAGAGGCGCUGUUCGUCUUCGCCCUCCCCGGCUCCUGGAUUUUUCUGCUGUUCUUUGCCCGUUCGGCCAAAUUGACCGGACCGUUUGUCCAGAUGAUCUACAGUAUGAUUGCCGGAGAUAUGAUUCGGUUCGCGAUCAUUUCAGCGAUCUUCCUCGUUUCGUUCUCGCAAGGUGGGACUUUGAACGGAUAUUGUCGAGUUUGAAAGUGUCAUAGAGAUUGGAAAAAGUUGUUUUGUGAAAUCUUGAAGUCUAGAACUAUAUUUUUGUAGUUGACAACAUUUUUGUACACUCAUUUCUAAGAGAACUGUAGCUCUUUGAAUUUGGCUCUGAAAAACGAGCGCGUUUGGCAAACCCCCAACUUCCAAGAGCUACAGUAGGCUUGCGCGUGGUUGUACAAAAAUAGUGUCAACUGCAAAAAUGAAGCUGAAAGUGUCUAGUUUAUUUUUCUAAUUGAUCACUUUUUUCUACGACCACUCCCCGGGCUACUGUACCUCUGUGAGCUUUCAGUGUUCUAUUUCGUCGGAAAGGACAUGGAUGCGAAGCAAAAGUUGGAGGAUACGAACCCGCACGCAUGCCGUAUUUCCGGAUACACCAUCUACACGUACAACACGUUCCCCGAGACGUUCAUCACUCUUUUCCGUGCCUCCAUGGGCGGUUACGACGUGAGUUUUCUGCCAAUCAUCCAUGCUCAAGUUCGCCAAUUCAGUACGAAGAGUUCUCGUGCGCCAACUAUCAGGCGCUCACCAAAACGCUCUUCGUGUUGUACAUGUUCGUCAUGCCGAUCAUGAUGAUCAACAUUCUCAUCGCGAUGAUGGGCAACACGUACACGACGGUCAUCGCGCAGGCGGAGAAGGCGUGGCGACAGCAGUACGCACAGAUUGUCAUGGUUCUGGAAAGAUCGGUGGGCAAGGAGCGUUUGGCGGCCAGCCAGUUGGAGUACAGUAUUCGGCUGGAUCAGGUGAGCUGUGUAUCUCAUUUGUCUGUCAAGAUACCAAAAUGUUGUCAACUGAACAAAUGUGCACAAUGCCUUUUUGAACAAUAAAUCAGUUGACAACUUUUUGAUAGCUUUACCGGCAGCUGAGAUAUACUGUUUCGAAUGAACAAUAUCUAUUGAUCUGUUGAAUGUAGGAAGGCUCGUCUGGAAUGGAAGUUCGAGGACUUAUGGUCAUCAAACAGACGAAAAAAACGCGUGCUCGUCAACGCAAACAGGCAAUCUACAACUGGAAAACGAUCGGUCGCAAAGUGAUUCACACAAUUGACAAAGUGGGCACCGAACAGGCGGUCCUUCUUUUGCACGGCCACGAUCGUCUCGAUCGCGUCUACGAGGACCAUCCGCAGCCCGAAAAAGUUCCGUCGAGAGCCCGGACGCCCACGCGCAUCGGCUCCACGAUGCACUCGUCGAAACGCGUCAAAACGGCGAUGGUGAACACGCACGAGGUGAGCGAAGAAAACUAGGGGACGAGCGCCGUCUCGUCUAACCUCUCGGCGCCAGCGGAAAUCAGCGGCCGGAUGGUCUAGGGGUAUGAUUCUCGCUUCGGGUGCGAGAGGUCCCGGGUUCGACUCCCGGUUCGGCCCAAACCGUUUUUAUCGUUUUCAUGUUUCGCUUGUAGGUGCGAACCGACGAAACUGUGAAUAGCAUGUUGCUCUCGGCGCCUCCGAGUCUCGCCGGCGAAGGCAGCACGAUUGAUUGGCAGCCGUCUGUGACGCCCGUGGAGGAGAGGAGCGAGUCGAAGGCGCAGAGUUCGUCGUUGGGAAGAUCCGAGGCUUCGAGUCCGCUUGUCGUCAUUCCGGCCGUGCACAGAGAGCCCCCGAGGCCUGAUUCUCCGGGCAGAGCUAUUGAAAUUGUAAGUGUGUAAUGUUGUAGAGCUUGAAAUUCUGAUCAUGUUUGUAGUUGAUCAAUUUUUGCUAGCUCUUAAGGCUGACAAGUUAGACGCGUUUAAAAUUCGAGCCUAGUGGCUAAAAGCCCCUCAAUAUUGUCGAUUUCCAGAGCCGCACAAUCCGCGUUCGCGCCGUCGAUCCGCUACCGUCGAUCGAGCUGCCGAACAUGCCGAAGCCGACGUCGACGCCUCCGCACCGGGCGGUCAGUCCCCGUCUACGCGCCGAUAUGUUCCGGCGCCAUCCGCAGGCGCCGUCGUUCGAUCAGAAUCCUCCCGAGUGA